AUGGCCGACAUUACGAAGGGCUGUUUGCACGAGGGCUACACGGCUUUGUCGCUGUUCUUCAAUCGAAGCCCUCGAAGAGGUAUAAAUGACUACUCACCUUCGCGUAGCUGCACAAUCGUACCCAAUUUCAAAGCGGAACGUGACGCUAUGGGAAAUAUUAAUGAGGCGGGUUUCACUUAA